AUGGACACAGACACAGGCAUGCACCAAAACAACAACAACAACCAACAGUUCAAAAUCCAGCACCACAACCAACAGUUCAAAACCCAGCACCACAACCAACAGUUCAAAACACUGCACAACAACCAACAGUUCAAAACCCUGCACAACAACAACCACAAACAGAGCAAGGACAUAAAAGAAGUAGAGAACAAGGAAACCAAGAAUUCUUAA